GUGGGAGGUGUUUUGGUUCUGCGCCUCGGAGCAUGCGCAGUACGGUUUACAACAUCCAUAUAUCACAUCUUUUGUUUGUACAAAUUCAAACGAGUGGCUCAGCAGAACUGUAAGGAAUCACGCUGCGUAAGAAUUCAACAUGACAUCACGUGUUGGACCCAGAGCUGCCGGUACGAAUGGAAUUGACUUUAAACAAAGAGAAAGGGCGGCACCAGAAUACCAAAUGAGUGCUUCUCAAAAGUCCGAGGUGAGGAAGUUGAACCUGGUCCACCUUCUCAUCUGGCUGCUCGUGGCGGCACAGGUGACUGUCAGCCACUUUGACCUGGUGUCACACGACACAGUGUCCAUGCCGUACCAAUGGGAGUACCCCUACUUGCUCAGUCUUCUCCCGCUACUCUGCAGCAGCCUUUCGCUUCCGAAGAACAACAUCAGCUACAUGGUCAUAUCCAUGAUCAGCGCGGGGCUCUUUUCAGUGGCGCCUCUCAUUUACGGAGGAAUGGAGAUGUUUCCUGUCGCGCAGCAGCUCUAUCGCCACGGGAAGGCCUAUCGCUUUAUUUUCGGCUUCUCUGCGGUGACUGUUAUGUACCUCAUCAUGGUGGUCGCCGUGCAAGUGCAUGCCUGGCAGUUAUAUUACAUGAAAAAGCUGCUGGACUCAUGGUUCAACACCACUCAGGAGAAGAAGAAGAAAUAAUAGAGGGGUGAAAAAACUUUGGGAAAAAAACUGUUUCAAUGUUAAUUUAUAUUUAACUUAUGAGUCUUAUUUAUGUUAUUUAUUUCGUCGUCAUUCCUUCACCACAACUGUUCUAUGAAAUAUAUUUCUGUCAAAUAGAGAAAGAUGUACAAUUUAUAGAGGGAUCUGUUUUUUUAUGUGUGUGUCUGUUAUAGAUUAACAGCAGAUACUGGGUGUCCAGAACACACAAACAGGAGUUGCAUCAAGUCCAUAUCCAUUGCAUUCAGUCUUUUCCAGUUGUUUUCAUAAUCUACAGCUUUUUUUCCACGCUGAAAAAACAAGUUUUUCAGGAGGACCAGGCCAUGUUUUGUUUGUUUUAUGCUUAUAUAAUAGCAUGGCUUAAGCAUACAUGCUCCAAAAGACUCAUUUUGCCCAUAUAUUUAUAUUUUAUUUGUCAGAGGAAGCACAUUUCCCAUUGCUGAUGUCAUCUUCUUUAUUAAAGAUACCUUCCACAUUGUGUUUUACGCAGAAUGCAUCUAAACCAUUCAAAAAAUAAAGAUUGUGAUCUCAACAGCUGCCUGUACUGUUAUUUAAAAAAAAGAAGAUAUUUCAUUCAUUAUCAAAAGGCCUGAGUGAAUCAAUAACUUAUGAGUCUUAUUUAUGUUAUUUAUUUCGUCGUCAUUCCUUCACCACAACUGUUCUAUGAAAUAUAUAUCUGUCAAAUAGAGAAAGAUGUACAAUUUAUAGAGGGAUCUGUUUUUUUUGUGUGUCACUGUUAUAGGUUAAAAGCAGAUACUGGGUGUCCAGAACACACAAACAGGAGUUGCAUCAAGUCCAUAUCCAUUGCAUUCAGUCUUUUCCAGUUCUCUUCAUAACUUGAUCAACCCUACAGCUUUUUUUCCACGCUGAAAAAACAAGUUUUUCAGGAGGACCAGGACAUGUUUUGUUUGUUUUAUGCUUAUACAAUAGCAUGGCUUAAGCAUACAUGCUUCAAAAGACCCAUAUGUUUACAUUUUAUUUGUCAGAGGAAGCACAUGUCCCAUUACUGAUGUCGUCUUCUUUAUUAAAGAUACCUUCCACAUUGUAUUUUACGCAGAAUGCAUCUAAACCAGGGAUGGGCAACUUUGGUCACGGCAAGGGCCACAUUAAAUUAAUUCUCCCUGCCAAAGGGCCAAAUUGUAGUAUACAAAAACGAUCAAUUAUGAAUCAAUUAUAAUAGAAAAAAAUCAAUUAUGUCUCAAAUUUAACUCAACAUAUGCCAGUGAUCAAACAUUAUUAUGGACGUAUUUCUGGUUUUCAU